AUGUCCUCCCCAGCCGUGAGCAAAGCACCCCCCAAGUUGGGUUCCAAGGCCGGAACUCCCGCCAAAACUCGCAAAACUUCUGCCUCCAGCGCAGCCAGCAAGCCUAGUACUGCCGCCGCAAGCCCCAAGCCCGCAAAGAAGGCCACCCCUCGCAAACUCUCCCAGAAAGCCCCCGAACCACUCGACGACGACAUCGAAGAGCAAUCGAUCCCCGAGACACCCUCCCCGAAGUCAAAGAAGCGCUCCGAACAACGUCGCCCCGUCUCCCCACCCGACGACGCCGCCUCCCAGGUGCCUUCCGCCUCUGGCUCCGCUGCCCCCCCUCGGCCGCAGCGCCUCCGCAAGGCUAAGAACAUUGCCGGAAAGACAAAUGAGACAGCGCAGAAAAGCACCGAGAGUGUCGCGAAUGGCGCCAAAGAUACCGCCCAGACUGCCAUCGAUAACCUGCCCGUGCCUUUUGACCUUUCUGCAUUGAAGGGUCUUGAGGUCGCCGAGGGCGGAAAUAUCCUCGGACAAGACGGAAACCCCAUUGGCAAGGUUGUUGAGGGAGAUGCUGAGGAUCUUGUCGGGCAGGUUGUCGGCGAUGAUGGAGAGAUUGUCGACGAGGAUGGUGACUUGAUUGGUCGCGUUGAUAUCCUGCAUGAGGUAGCCGACCAGGCUAAACAUGCCGCCGAGGAUGCCGCUGAUAACGCACAGGAGGACCUUGGAGAGGUUGAUCUCGACAAUGUUGUUACGGAUCUCGCUCAGCUUGAAGGACUUCCUGUUUCUGAUGGCGGCGUUAUCAAGAACGCUGCUGGUCAGAUCGUUGGCCGUAUUGUUGAGGGUGACCCAGAGGAUCUUAUUGGGUAUACCCUCAAUGAGGAUGGUGAGAUCGUCGAUGAAGAGGGCGAUGCCAUUGGCCGCGUUGAUCUGAUUCCUGUUGAGGAGCAGAAGAAGGCCAUCGAAGGUGCCGCUGGCGAUGCCACUUCCAAGGUCGAUGACGCUAAGGACGACCUGGAGGAUCAAUACGAAGAUGCUGAGGAUGGUCUAUCCGCCACUCAGGCCAAGACUGUGGAUGGCGUCGCCGAUGAGGUCGAGGACGAUGUUCCCGAUGUCGAAGGAACUGCCGACAAGGCUAAGUCUACUGCCGAAGAUGCUGUCUCCGACGCCGCCUCAGACGCCGCCUCCGACGUCGAAGAUGCCGCCGAUGCCGUGGAUGGCACCGUUGACGGUGCUAAGUCCACUGCCGAGGAUGGCAAGAGCAAGAUCGACCUCGAAGACAAUGUCGAAGGUGCCAAGUCUACUGCCGAAGAUGCUGUCUCCGACGCCGCCUCCGACGCCGAAGACGCUACGGAGGCUCUCGAUGACAACGUCGAAGGUGCCAAGGAUACCGCCGAAGGUGUUGCCCCAGACGCCGAGGACGCUACUGACGCCGAGGACGCUACUGACGCCGUGGAAGGUGUUGUCGACGACUCCCAAGAUACCGCCGAUGACACCGCGGAAGAGGUCAAGGACACCGCGGAAGAUGCGGCUGAAGACGCCGAGGAGACCGCCGAGGAACUUGCGGCACGGACCCCCGACAUCAAGACUCUCGAAGGCAUGGUCUGCAACAAGCGCGGCUACAUCAUCAACCAAGCCACCGGUAAGCCCGUUGGCGAACUCACUGAAGGAGACCCUAAGAAACUGGCUAAGCUCGGCGUAACACUCGACGACAAGGGCCAGUUCUGGGACAAUCGCGGCAAUGUGAUUGGUCAAGCGAAGGCGCUACCCAUGGAGGAGGAUGAAGGCGAGGAAGGCCCCUUCUCCGGUCUAGAGGGUCUUGUCGUCACCGAAGACGGCUUUGUUGAGGACGAGAACUCUACUCGCGUUGGCCGUCUUGUUGAAGGCGAUGCGAAGAAACUGAGCGGUCGUGGCGUCGAUGAGGAUGGUGAAAUCCUCGACCGCAAGGGUAACGUCAUCGGACGCGCUGAGCGCCUCGAACCCGAGGAGGAAGAGCCCGAGGCUGAGGAAGAGGCUGGUCCUGAUUUCUCUGCUAUCAAUGGUCUUACCUGCAACAAGGCUGGCUAUGUCAUCGGACCCGAGGGGUACCCGAUUGCCCGUGUUGUUGAGGGCAAUCCUAAGGAGCUUGCUGGCAAGAAGAUCGAGGACGGCGAGAUCUACGACGGAAAGAAGGUCAUUGGCCGUGUCGAGCUCAUUCCUGAGGAUGAGAUCGAAAGCAAGCCCGAGGGUCCGUUCGCUGGUAUGGAGAGUCUCUUUGUAACCAAGGACGGAUUCGUCGAGGAUGAUGAAGGAUCCAUUGUUGGUCAGCUUGUCGAAGGUGACCCCAAGAAGCUGCGUGGUCGUGCUGUCGACGAGGAUGGCGAGAUCACCGACAAGUACGGCAAUGUCAAGGGCCGUGCUGAGCCCUACGAGCCUCCCCAAGAGGAGGAACCUGUCGAGGAGGACCUCUCUAUCCUCGAGGGCAAGGUUGUCAAUAAGUCUGGCAACGUUGUUGACCCCGCUACUGGUGCCGUCGUCGGACGCAUCGUCGAAGGUGACAAGCGCCUUGCUGGAUGCAAGGUCGACGGCAAGGGCCAAAUCUGGGGUGACAAUGGCAAGGUCGUUGGACGCGCCGAGCUCAUCCCCGGCGCCGAGCAGAAUAAGGCGGAAGGACCAUUCUUCGGCUUUGACAAUGCUGUCGUCGGAAAGGACGGAGUCGUCCUUGACGGUGAGAAGAUCAUCGGACGUCUGAUCGAAGGUGACGCCAAGCGCCUUCUCGGCCGCAAGGUUGACGAGGAUGGCGAUGUCUCCGACAAGAACGGCAACACCAUCGGUAAGGCUGAGCGCUGGGAGCCCGAGGAGAAGAAGCGCGAAGUGAACCCCAUGUCUGGACGCAAGGUCAACAAAGAGGGCGAAGUCCGCGAUGCAGACGGCAACCUCAUUGGCAAGCUGACUUCGGGUAACCUGGCCACGCUUAUCGGAAAGGUUAUCGACGACAACGGCUAUGUUGUUGACAACGAUGGCAAUAAGAUCGGCGAAUGCACCUUGCUCGAGAACAUCCCCGAGCCUGAGCCUGAAGAGCCCGAAGAGCCCGAAGAGCCCGAGGAGGAGGAAGAGGAGGGACCUACUCCCGAAGAGCAGGAGGCCGCGGCCAAGGCCGAGAACGACCGCCAGCUCGCACAGAAGAUGAUAUCCAUCCUGAGCCAGACUCUUGAUAAGGUCAAGCCUAUCUGCAAGCAGAUCACUGAUGCCUGCGACAAAGCUGACCGCACGCCGAAGGACGAGCUUGACGAGGAGAAGCUUGUUCAAACCGUCAAGCCGCUCCUUGAAGAAGGUGGCCGCAUUCUGCAAGAGUGCAACGGUGCCAUCCGCGGUCUCGACCCUGAUGGACGCAUUGCCGCGACAGCCAAGGCCCGCGCUGCUGCCCGUGAUGCCACCCCCGAGGAGUACCAGCUUGCCGAUAUGAUCAAGGAGCUGACUGAGACGGUCGUCAAGUGUAUUGACAACGGCAAGAGACGCAUCGCUGAUAUGCCUCAUGCCAAGAAGAAGUUGAAUCCCCUCUGGGGUUUGCUCUCUGAGCCAUUGUUCCAGAUCAUUGCUGCUGUUGGCUUGUUGCUUACUGGUGUGCUUGGACUGGUUGGUCGUCUGCUUGAUGGUCUUGGUCUUGGUGGAUUGUUGAGUGGUCUUCUUGGCAGUCUUGGAUUGGACAAGUUGAUUAAUGGACUCGGUCUGGGUGGCUUGACCGAUGCUCUCGGACUUGGUGGAAAGAAAUGA